AUGUCCUACGCUGUCAAUUCCGCCAAAGUCGUCCGCGCCAAAACCUCGACGGGUCUCUUUGGGAUCCAUCAUAUCAUGGCGGUCAGGUCCAAGGGGUUGGAAUCGGGGGGCAAGAGACAGCCUUGUUUGGGUUAGUAACUGAUUGUUAUAGACCUCAUCUUUUUAAGGGAAUUAAGGUUUUGCGUUGGUGGGAGCAUUUUUCAGGUAGUUGGAUCAUGAUGCCCGGGCACAACAUUACGCGCAUGACGGCCAACAUGGGCUACGACGUGAGUAGUAACCGUCAGCCUGAACAAACGCACCGUCUUGCUAUUCAGGGUAGCCCGAACUGGUAACUCACGGUGCACCCCUCUCCUCUUCGACAGUGGAUCCUCAUUGAUUGCGAACACGGCAACUUCUCCGACGCUACGAUGCACGAAUCCAUCGCCAUCAUCGCUUCCCACCCCGGUUGUUCACCUUGGGUUCGUCUUCCGGAUGCGCAGAAUUGGAUGGUCAAGAGGGCGUUGGAUGCGGGCGCGCAUGGCUUGUUGGUCCCUUUUAUGAACAGUGCUGUAAGUCGUUCUGGGGAUUUGCGGGUGUACUUAAGGCCCGUGCUACUAGUACGCGGAUGAAUUGACUCGGCGAUCUUCCCCUCGACCCGGACCAUUCGGAAAACUAACUUUCGCCCCGCCCCGCCCCCACGCUUCCACCCCACAGGAAGAAGCCCGUAAAUUCGUAUCCUACACCAAGUUCCCCGUGCCCAAAGCCAACGGAGGAGGCGGAGGCGUCCGAGGUAUCGGUUCCCCCUUCUCACCGAACCUCUUUGGUCAAACGAUGGGAGAAUAUUUUCAAUCGGCCAAUAAGGAUAUCUUCGUCGCCGUUCAGAUCGAAUCGAGGGAAGGGGUGAAUAAUUGUGAGGAGAUUGCAGAGGUGGAAGGAGUGGAUGCGUGAGUUUUGGACGGGGGUUGGGUUGGGUUCGUAUUGAUGAAAACUUGAAAGUAGCUCACUGCUUGACCACCCCAACAGCAUCCUCAUAGGUCCCAACGACCUCGCCUCCCAAUUAGGCUACAUCGCGACCGACCACGAAUCCAUUCCCGAAGUCCAACAAGCGAUCGAACGCGUAUUGAAAGCCUGUAAGAAAGCGAACAAGUAUUGUGGGAUGUUUUGUACGUCCCCUGAAGGGGUGAGGAGACAUUUCGAUCAAGGGUUCGAUUUCAUGAAUUUGGGUGGGGAUUGGGUCGCGCUUGGGGAAUGGAAUGCCAAGGCGAGGGGGGCACUGGCGGAUUUGAUGUAG